CAGAUUCGCGUGUGAACAAAGUUGCCGGAAUGCCACGUGCGUCCACUUAUAUCAGUGCAUUCAUAACAACUCGAACAUUACGAAACUUCUAUUCGAUCAAAUAAGCCUGCUCAGACUUGGCUGGCUGACGCUGUCAUUGAUCCCUGCUGUCAGUGCUCUAAAAAAAGGUUUGCGUCACAGUCAUUACCAGCUCUAUAAAAGAUACAGUGAUGCAGAUUCCACUGUGUCGACCCAGCAACCCCAUUACGGUUAGAGCUGCCUGUUUCGCAAGUCAUGAGUUCCAUUGCUUACGACCCUUACUUUCCCUCCUCUUCCCACAAGAGGAGGGUGAUGCUGCGCAGUGGAGGGUAUGGAGACAGUUCAGGAGGGAUGGCAUCCAGGUCGGUGUAUUCCAGCCACUCUGCCCCCCUCUCAUACCAUGGGUCAUCCCGGCUGCAUUACCCAACAUACAGCCGUAGCUCCUCCAUGCUGCUGUCUACCCCCAGAUCUGCUGCCACUGCUGAACUCAACAUCAGCCAGGCGGUGCAGGUGAGCACUGAGUUCAAGGCCGUGCGGACGCAGGAGAAAGCCCAGCUGCAGGAGCUGAAUGACCGCUUUGCCAGUUUCAUUGAGCGCGUCCACGAGCUGGAGCAGCAGAACCAGGUGCUAGAUGCUGAACUGCUGAUCCUCAGGCAGAGGCAUGUGGAGCCCUCCCACCUCAGGUCCCUGUAUGAGCACGAGAUCCGCCAGCUCCGUGCUGCUGUGGAGGAGGCCCGCGAUGAGAAACAGGCUGCUCAGAACCACAGGGACCAGAUGGAGGAGGUGCUGCAGAGUCUGCAGGGACGUUAUGAAGAGGAGGUAGUGAGCAGGGAAGAGGUGGAGGGGCAACUGAUGGAUGCCAGGAAAGGGGCGGAUGAGGCUGCUUUGGGCCGUGUUGAGCUGGAGAAGAGGACGGAGACGCUGCUGGAUGAGUUGGCCUUCCUGAAACGUCUCCAUGAAGGGGAGAUAGCUGAGCUCCAGGCCCAGGUGCAGUACAAUGCCCAGGUGUCCGUGGAGAUGGAAGUAGCCAAGCCAGACCUGUCUUCAGCCCUCCGAGACAUCCGCGUCCAGUAUGAGAAACUGGCACAUCGCAACCUCCAGUCAGCCGAGGAAUGGUUCCGCAGCAAGGUGAGUGUGAUGACAGAAGGCACCGCCCGCAACACAGACAACAUUCGCAAUGCCAAAGAAGAUGCCGGGGAGUACCGCCGCCUGAUCCAAACACGGAACCAGGAGAUUGAAGCCUGCCGUGAUAGGAACCAGUCCCUGGAGAAUCAGUUACAGGAGGUAGAGGAGGAACAGAGUGCUGAGAUCGCAGCCCUACAGGAAUCAAUUGGCCAGCUGGAGGACGAGUUGAGGACAACCAAGAAUGAAAUGGCUCGGUACCUGAAGGAUUAUCAAGACCUCUUGAACGUUAAGAUGGCUCUGGACAUCGAGAUCGCAGCUUACAGGAAGCUGCUUGAAGGGGAGGAGAAUCGCUUCAGUGCAGUAGGACCAGGGGCAAUGUCCAGUGUCUAUUCCCAAAGCCUGUGUGUUGCCCCAUCCCGCAACCGCCCCAUGUUUUCCAUGCAGUCCAGCCUGAGCUCUGGUGCCCCCUACCUACGCAUGUAUAGCUCAUCAUUCUCCUCUGCAGAUGAGAUUAUAGCUGCUAGUCAAGCACAGCCUGCCGAGUCAAGUCCUCAGGAAGAAGAGGAGGAGGAAGGAGAGGAGAAGGGAGACGAGGAAGCAAAGGAAGAGGAUGUUGAAGAAGAGCAAAAAGAAGAAGGUGAGAAUGGAGAUAUGAAGGAAGAGGCAGAAGAGGAGGCUAAAGAAAAUGGAGACGAUGGAGGAGAGGAAAACCAAGAAGGUAGAGAUGGAGAGGAGGAUGGAGCCAAUGAAACAGAAGAAGGGCAUGAUAAGGGAGAAGAGGAUGAAAGCAAAAAUGAAGUAGAAGUGGCAGAGGAAAAAGAGAAGCCAAAGGACAAAAAUAUUUAAAUCAAGAUUCUGAUGAAUGACACAUUGAUUGUCCCAUUUCGAGGUGCUCUACAAAUAGAUCCAUCAGUUCAGUACAAUCAAUCAGGAAACCAUUGUAUACAGCAGAGGCCUUUAUGUUUGUGUGCAAAGAGGUAGUAUGGCUGUACACUGAGUGAAGCAAAACAUGACAGUGUAUGCAUGUGUGUGCCAGCAAGGCGAUAAAUAAUAAAAAGCAAUUACCUGUAUAUGAAAUACAUUAAAAUAAAUGCAAUAUGAGUGCUCUAUGGGUGAGAGAAAUGAGAUAGAGAACGUGUGGAGUUUUGUGAGCAAAUACUGUAUUGUAUUAGCCUGUGAAAUAUUUGUUUGAAAAACCUAUGUGCAUUUCUGUCACCACAAUAUGCAUAUAAGAACACCACUGUGUUCAAUAUACUUGAUUUUCAAUGCCUUAGACAUAUUCUGAGUGGGAUCAAUGAUGUACAGUACUGAACACAAAUAAAGACUUGAAACAUGUCCAUCUGAA